CAGCUGUCACACGUGCCAGUGAUAAAAAAUCCCGCACACCUACCAUCCAAACGCGUUAGUGUGUCGUUUUUUCGUAGCAGGCUAUGUCGUUGGGCAACGCAGGGCGAAUUGCUGUCUGUUGGACUGUUCUGACCGUGGGUGGCGUGUACGCAUUUGUGCUGUCGAAGAGAUCCGUUGAGAACCGGCGUUACGAGAGCAUGCGAGUGCGUGAGCGCAUGAGGAAGGCAAACCAAGGGGAUUACGACUCAACCGCAGCAUCGGACAGGCGAUUCGACUACUAAGUGGUAGCACCCAGUCUCUACAUCCCAGCAGAAACACACCCACAACACGAUGGCAUUGCCCCAGAUCAGCUCCGCCGACCAGGCCAAGCUGCAGAUGAUGCAGGAGAUGGAGAUCGAAAUGAUGUCCGAUUUAUAUAACCGCAUGACGAACGCUUGCCACAAGAAGUGCAUUCCGCCCCG